AUGGUUGUCGGAGCAGCAUACCUCGUUUGCAUGUUCCUUUUUAUUCCCUUUGCCUUCGACACACACUUCGUGAAUCCCAUAGUCAAAGAAAACUUUCCGCAUGAUAAGUUCUCCGAGUUCAUCGCGGGACUGCUAUCCAUCUGUUGUAUGAUUCUGCUUGGUUUCGCGGACGAUGUGUUCGACCUCAAGUGGAGAUACAAACUCGUAUUGCCCACCAUUGCAUCGCUGCCUCUGCUAAUGGUCUACUUUGUGAAUGUGGGCUCAACUACAAUUGUCCCUCCCGUCCUGCGUAGUAUACUGGGACAGACUCUGAAUAUUGGUUUCUUAUAUUAUGUGUACAUGGGCAUGCUCGCCGUGUUUUGUACCAACGCUAUCAAUAUCUAUGCCGGCGUGAACGGACUCGAGGCCGGGCAAUCG